AUGGAUAACGAUGUGGUAGCUCAGUUUACUGAAAUCACCGGUUCCACGCCGGAGCUCGCAAUUCAGUACCUGCAGAUCUCAGACUUCAACAUCGAGCAGGCUAUGCAACUAUUCUUCGAGAAUGGUGGUGCGCCUUUGACAAGCGAGCCCUCGCAGCCUCGUGGCUCCGGCAUCCCCAACAACUCAGAGGUGGUGAACAUUGACUCGGAUACCGAUGACGAAACCCCACAACGCUCCGCUGCGCCCGCUUUUGACGAUGACGAAGCCAUGGCCCGACGCCUCCAAGAGCAAAUGUAUGGAGGUCAAGACCAGGAAGAGGAAGUCAGAGCGCCUAUGGCCCGCACAACGGAGACAUUGGUGGGGCCAGGUGCAGACUACGAUGACGAUGGCGAGGACAUGCACGCCAAUAUCCUCAGCCAACUCCGAGCUCGCCAAAGAGGAGGCCGAGCUGGAAUCUUCAACCAAAGAGAAUCCUCGUCGAUAUGGACGGGUGGUGAUGAGUCUCGCCGCGAUGAGCUUUCUGCUGCCACCGGGGGCGCCUCAGAUGCCUCUUCCAAGUCGAACAUGCUCGCAGAGAUGUACCGACCUCCGUUUGAGAUAAUGUCCCGACUACCAUGGGAUGCCGCUCGCGAUGAAGGCAAGGACAGUGAGAAAUGGCUGUUGAUCAAUGUGCAAGAUGCCUCAGUCUUCGACUGCCAAGUUCUUAAUCGUGAUCUGUGGAAAGACAGUGGCGUGCAAGAUACCGUCAAGGAGCAUUUCAUUUUCCUCCAAUACUCCAAGGAUGACCCCCGCGCAUCCUCAUACAUCCAGUACUAUUUCCAAGGAAGUGACGUUUCGGAUAACUACCCCCAUAUCGCCAUUGUCGACCCGCGCACCGGCGAACAGAUGAAAAUCUGGUCCGGGCCCCCACUGGUCAAGCCCGCCGAUUUCCUCAUGCAGCUUCACGAAUUCCUUGAUCGGUAUAGUUUGAACCACAACGUGCGCAACCCUGUCGCCAAACGGAAGUCCGAGAAGAAAGAGAAAACCAUCGACGCCAUGACCGAAGAGGAGAUGAUGGAAAUGGCAAUGCGCAACAGUUUGGGCGGCGCCGGAGAAUCUGGACAGACCCAGGAAGACCCCGAUGACUUGACCCGCAGCACGGAAGAUGUGAAGGGCAAGAGCCGCGCCGAGGAAGAUGUGGCCAUGGACGAGUCGGAGAACACCGAGACUUCUGUCUUUGCAUCCAUCCCCAGCGACAAGCCUCACACCGAGCCUGAAGCGGAUCCGGUCACCACCACUCGCAUCCAGUUCCGACACCCUUCUGGCCGAGUGAUCCGACGGUUUGCCUUGUCUGAUCCUGUUCAACGGAUCUAUGAAUGGCUCAAAGCUGAUCCUCCUUUGGAAGACAAGGCUGGUGUGGAAUUCGACCUGAACAACAUGGGACGCAAUCUCAUUGAUCAACUUCCCAUAAGUAUCGCAGAGGCGGGCCUCAAGAACGGCACCGUGAUGAUUGGCUAUUUGGAAGAGUAA